AUGAUUAGAAGUUGUGUGUCAACAUGCUAUCAACCACAUAAGCGGCUAGUUCUCGGGUCUGCUCUGUACUCUAUACAAGCACACAAGCCGCCUCCAUGGAGGCCUGCUAUCAUACUGGAUGAGUGGGUGGAACGAACGGUGCGCCCUAUCAGUCUGCGUCAAUUGACCUUUUUUGGCCGGGCGUUGACAGAGCCUCGCUUACUGAGUUCUGCCAACUAUGUUCGUACCGAGCUUCCCACAAGACUGGCUCAUCGCCUGCGUGAAAUGCAAACACUGCCUUAUGUAGUCGUUGCAAACCCGCACAUAUCAUUGGUCUACGAAUUGUACUACAGGGCUUUCGACAGAUUCCGAACUAUUCCUGAAAUCAAGUCCUUGGAUGAUAAUAAUCGUUAUUGCGAUGUCCUGCGAGAAACGCUCAAAGAGCACUUGACGGUCAUCCCGAACCUCGCCAUGGGCGUGCUUGAGUGCCAAGGGCUUGUGAAACCGGACGAAAUUGAUAGAUUCUUGAACACAAUGCUUCGCGCGAGAAUAUCUCGUCGCGUCAUAGCAGAACAACACCUUGCUUUAACGGAAACAUUCAACGCGUCACAACGGUCUCAAAAAUCCGAUCCUAGAGCUGAUCAAAAUUCCGACUUUGUGGGUGAGGUCUUUCUCAAAUGCAAUGCAAAGGAUGUUGUCGAGAGAUGUGGAAAGUUUGCUCAAGAGUUGAUGCGUCAGAGCUCCGGAUCAAACAAGAUACCUAAGAUCAACAUCAAAGGGCAUCUUGACGCAACAUUCCCAUAUAUUCUUGGUCACUUGGAAUACAUUAUUGGAGAACUUUUGCGAAAUUCUAUCCAGGCCGUGAUGGAAAAGUAUCAAGACUCCCCCAUCGAUCCUCCCCCAAUUGAGGUUCUUAUCUGUGAAGCAUCACAAUAUGUCACUCUACGUAUCUCGGACCGAGGCGGCGGCGUUCCCAGAGAGAUAUUUCCGACGCUUUGGUCUUUCAGUAAAGGGCCACGAACCCAGGAUCGUCUGGAAAACCUCGGUCAGGUUCCCACUCUAGCUGCCACCAUGCAGGAGCUUGAGGCUCCCCUGGGUUUGGAACCUGGGAUUAAAGGUACCCAUCGCGAGGGAUCUUUGUCCACUUUGAGUUCACGUCCACCCAAUCUUCGACUAGGUAUUGGGCUACCCAUGAGCAGAGUCUAUGCCGAAUAUUGGGCGGGAAGCUUAGAGCUGCACAGUCUUGAAGGAUACGGAGUGGACGCUUUCCUGCAGAUUUCGAAGCUUGGCAACAAAAACGAGCAAGUUACCGCCAGAGCUUCGGUGGACGCAGUAUGA